AUGGAAUCAUCGCUGAGACCGAGUACGCAUCUUGAUGCACAUUAUUAUGCUGCUGCUGACUUCGUCUGCGACAGCAUCUACAAUAAGGAACAAGAGUUCCGUGCAUGGCUUGUAGAAGAGCGCAUGCUAAACCCAGAAACGAUAUCAAAAGAUCAGAACAAAAAGGAAUUUGCUCGUUUUGUGGAAGAUUUCAACACAGCCACUCUACCCCAUGAAAAAUUCUAUCACAUGGAGGCAUACGAACGGCGCAUGUCGGCACUCCGUGCUGGCGAGUACAUUCCCCCAGCCGACGACAACUAUGACCCCUCUGCAGAUCUCCGUGCACUUCAAAACCAGCACAAACGCAAAGAAGUCGAGCACGAAAGCUAUCUCAGUAAGGACCAGCUGCAGGCUUUGCGAAGAGUGCAGCAGGAACGAAUUGAGGCGGGUAAGAUGAAACUUUUGGGCAUGGAUAUCAAGCACGAUAUGGGUGUUCGUAUGGACGGUACCAUGUUCGAUGGCUGA